AUGGCACUCAAUUCAGAUAUUAGCAAGACCUCCAUGCGCUUUAGGCGAUGGGGAAUCGAAUCUACCAGAACAGAUUGGCUUACUGAUGCUUGUAUACAAUGCUCUUCGUUAGUAUGGCUAAAGGUAAUAAAUAGAGAUUAUGUUGAUGCUCUUAAAAAGCCGAUACGUUCAAAAUACUCUCAGGGGCUAUUCGUCCAAUAUCCUAGUAAAAAUGGCAUCAUAUAUAAUAUUUCUGCAAGUCUGCAAAAGCUACAAUCCGUAGAGAAGGUAAUUCUUAAGGUGGUCAACUUAUUUAAGCAGCGACUAGAAUGGCUAACUUCAGGAAGUCGCUGUAUAUUUGGAGUAAUUCAUGAAAGUCGUAUUAUAAUCAUUAUUGAUGGAAAUGCGGAGAUUGCAGACGAAUUUGAUGACGUUAAAGCUUUAAUUGAAUUAGUUGUCCACGAACAGCUUACGCAUGUAACUAAAUAUAAUAUCAUCAGGAGUUCCGAUAUGGUUCAGUGCUGGCAGCAAUCAGUUCUUGAAGUCAAUGCUUCAUCAAUCGAACAAUCACUAGAAUGGAUUCGGAAGAUGCCACACAAUCCUAGUACAACACCUACCAGUACAGCUGAAGCCAUUCUUACCGCAUUAUCAGACGAUCAGCUGGAAGCUAUUUACUUGGUAGCUUUUAAUAAAUCUUACGAUGCCGCUAAAGAGAUACUGAAAACGAAGAUAUCAAACCGUGGUAAACCAAUACAUGUUGUGGCAUAUAAUUGUCACGAUACAGAAUCUGUUAAAUUCUAUAAAGAAUUUGCAGCAUCUAUGUCUGGAAACUUUCACAAUUUUCUAGACUGUGAUAGAAGCUUCGACAGUUUAAUGGAAUCGCUAUCAUUAAGGCAAAGAAGGCAGUCUAAUCAGAGCGAUUCUUCGAUAAAAUCGACCCGAAACCCACUCUAUAAUCGUGAACCCAAUGGAAAUAGAAAAGAUAUGGAAAUUCGCGAAGAUAUACUAGUAAUUUGGGAAGAACUGGAACAAGCACGUCAUGUUUUGGCUGAGAUUCAAGCCUUGCAACAUGAAGUCAAGGAUCCUAAAAUAAUGACUCGCUUGAUGUCUGACCAAAAAGUCGAUGAUAACCAAAACGUUCCUGUUAAGCUAAUUGAAACUAACUCUGAGCAACAAUGCGACGAUGAAGAUGUAAUUAGUUCAGUUGAAUAUCUCAAGAGACAAGGAUUAGUGAUUAAAGGACUCUCAUUUUACGAUUUUCUAUCGAAAGUCGCUUUUAAGCAUUGUGAUGGAGUAGAAAAUAUUCAAAAACCACCGGAAGAAGAAGGCUCGGGUGACGCGGUUAAAAGUCCGAAACUUAUUAACGCAAAGUACUGCGACAGAUUUGUUCACGUGAGAUGGAAAGAUGGAACCAUUGUUCAUGUACACGUUAGUGGUGAUAUCUAUAGAGAAUAUGAAAGAAAAAUGAGAGCAGCUCUGAAAAUGUAUAAUACAAGAAUUGACUGGCUUUUACGUGGAAGUCGAGAACUCUUUGGAACGAUUAUUGAAGAUCAAAUUACAAUUCUUGUGGAUACAUCGUCUUCUAUGAGACCAAGAAUAUCCUUAGUCAAAGAUAAGUUACACUUAUUAUUGCAGGAGCAAUUAAUCAAAAAGAAGAAAUUUAAUAUUAUUAAAUUUAGUACUAAUGCUGCCGCGUGGAGAGAUAAUAUGGCUGAUGUGACUGACCAAAAUCUAUUAAAUGCAUGGCAGUGGAUUAAAGGCUUGGCUAUUGGUGGAAGUACCAAUACAUUAGCUGCACUAAAGUUAGCUUUAGGUGAUCCUGGUGUGCAAGGCAUCUAUUUAUUGACGGAUGGACGACCCGAUCAGCCUCCAGAUACAGUCUUAUCUCAAAUUCAGUUAUACAAACCAAUUCCAGUACAUACAAUUUCCUUUAAUUGUAAUGACUCUGACGCCAAUGAAUUCUUGUCUAAAUUGGCUUACGAAACUGGCGGAAGAUUCCAUUACUAUACCCUUGAUGGCGAAGUUCGAGUAGAUGAAUCUGGGCUGAAGAGCUAUGAGAGUCAGGAUACAAGUCUUCUUCGUAAAGAGAUUCAAGCUGGGGAACAAUAUCUUGCAAGAUUAACACGAAUUCGAAAUGAAUGUAUUCAGUUAGAAUGGAAUAAUAAGCACAAAAGUAGGAUGACAAGUAGUAGACCAGCCUCAGCUGAGAAUGACCAUAACACAUCAUCAACGCAAAAGCAGACAAGUAAAAGGAAUUUACGCAAUAUUGUUAAGGAAAGUUCGACUGAAAUUACUCAAACAAGAACUAGCAAAUUACGCGCCCAAUACAGUAUAGACCGUGCAAACAAGGAGGAUAGUGAUUGGAUUCUUCCAGAAAGUAGGCAAAUGUUAAAUGCGCAACGGGAAAAAUUACGAGAUAAUGGAUCAAUUAGCGUUCGUGGGAUGGAAUUAUACAUGACUAACAUGAGUUUCUUUCUCUUUAGAUGGAUUUCCAAGUACGGUUUGGUAGCUAAGAAAUUAACUAUAAUCGAUGCACUAGCUCCUAGUGUCAUUCGGCAUAAUCCAAAACAUAUUCCUAUAAUUAAUAAAGAUGUCAUGUCAAAGGUCUUCGAUGAGGUUAUGACCGUUUUCCAUGCAAAUCCUGUUAAGCCAAAUGAGCUAAAAUUAAUAAACCCACUUGGUGUUGAUUUGGAUGGUUAUGAAAAAAGAUUAUUAAAUGCUAUUGAUCUAUAUGAAAGAAAAUUAAAUGGAUUGGUUUGGGAAGCGAUUGAUGAUACUGAGAGAUCAAACUACCAGGAUUAUCAUUCUGAUGAUCCACCAAGUUUUGGUGAAUAUCGUGAAUCCAUGAUGGUAGCUCUGCAAAGAUUAGAAUUUCCUGUCAGUCUGGAAGAUAUUGAAUUACUUGAAGAAGAAAUUAGACAGGCUAACAUUUAUCUACAACAAGCUAAAGAUUUAAAAUUAAUUGCUGCAAAGAAUUCGAAAUCUAAGGAUCAUGAUCAGAACACAAAGCGUCCAGUUAAAGUUAGCGCAAUGGUUAAAGGGCAAAGAGUAGUAGCAAGAAGUAGUUCUGAUGGAUUUUAUUAUGCAGGCACUGUUAUUCAGUCAUCGAGUAUAAGAAGAGCAGAAAUUGAAUUCGAUAACCUUGAUAUACAAGUUAUUCCAACACGUUUUAUUAUUUCUGUUGGUGGAGCUCAGCCAAAUCCAUUCUUACAAAUUAGUGAUUAUGUUUUAGUACGAACCUUGGCACCCGAUCAACAGCGAUAUAGGUAUAUUCCAGGCAUUGUACAAAGUAUCCCCAAUAAAGAACUUCCUAACGAAAUGCGAUAUUACGCAGUGGUAGCCUACAAUGGUAGAAAGUUGGCUGGUCCUCGAAACGCCUUAAUUAAGAUAGCAAAAUCUCGUUAUGCUUUUACAUGCCGUUACAUUACCGGAUUUGAAUCAUCUAGUAAAUGGCAGUCUAGUGGCGGAGGACGUGAUGCUUUAUCUGAAUGGAAAACUGACUCAAUAGCAAUAUCGGGAGCCGAUCAUGAUGAAAAUAUUCCUCACAAUCAUGAUGACAACGCUGAUGAGGGAAGAACAUCUGCUAAUGAUAAAUCUAGCAGCUCCGCAAGCUCAUCACGAACUGGAAGUCUUUCUUCAAGCAAUUCGAGUAAUUCAGGAAGAAAAAGCAGCUCAGUAAAAAAUUUAUCGGAUCCUCAGCAUCAUUCUGUAAAUAGAGACGGCAGUGAAUCCGAUUCCAGUUCUUCUACAAGUGAUGCAUCAUCGCUUGUUAAUCUUGCAGAAAACGAAAAAUCAAAUACUAAAGAUGAUGACAACAAUCUGACAGAUAUUUAUAAUGAAUCUAGAAAUCAUUCUCCUUAUAUUCAGUCUUUCGAGUCGAAGUUGGACGAUUUCCAAAACCGAAUACAACAGCAAGAGAUAGUCUAUAUGGAGAAGUUAGAAGCAUUUAUUGAACAAAGUAAAGUAGCAAAAAAUGAUCAACUGCAGGAAAAGUUGGUUGAAAAUCAAAACAAACAAAUCGAAUUGCAGCAACAACUUCAAGAGCAUCAAAACCGAUUACUAGAUGAACAGCAGAAAUUUCAACAGCGAUAUAAUGAACUAUAUAAUCUGCAGCGCCAGCAAUUAGAACACACAAAUAUUGCUAGUGUUCAACGUGAUGCAGCUGCAACUAGUCAUAUUGUUGUUAAAGAUACUGAAACUCAAACACCAAGGGAUAAUCAUCAUGGUAACACUGAUCAGCUGAAUGAUAGCUUCUUUAAUCUUUCUACGCAAUUUAACGAUGCGAAUCAAGCACAUCAACUAAAGAAUAAUCAUAGGGAUGAAUACCAGAUGCAGCAGGGUGACAAACAAGAUGAUGUACGCGAUGGUAGCAUAGAUUCUAGUAGAGGUGGAUUAGAGAACAAGUUAGCCCAGAAUUCGACUUAUACUGUACAUGAUGGACAAGGAAAUCAAUGUUUUGAACAUAAUAACAAUAUAUCUAGGCAGAAUGAAUCCAAUCAUGAUGAUAUAAAUACUACCGAUAAUCGAUUCGACCAUCAACAGAAAUCAGACGAGAAUGACCAAUUUAAAUCAGAUCAUAAUGUGAAUUUAUCGCAAGAUCAAGAUUUCUUUCAAGAUCAACAGCAUUUAGAUGGAGAUCAGUCCGAGCCAGAUCAGCAAAAUAAAGCGCUUGACGAUCAGGAUAGUCACCAUAAUGAUACUAUUGAAUCCGCACAUUCUGAUAACGAAAGUUUGAAAGGGUGGAUAGGAGCCCCUAGACAUGGCAGUGGACAAUCACUAAAGGUAGACGGUCAGGAUGUUGAUGAACCAGGCAAUACCUUAGAAGAAACCUCAUUUAAAGAUGCCGACAUUGUUAUAAUGGAUCAUGAAGAGCCUGCACUUAUUGUACAUGAAAAUGGCCGUGGUUUCCUUUUAUCUCGUAAACCACCAACCGAAGUCAUGAAACCGUUCGGUAAAUCGAUACUAAAGUCAGGAGAGGAAGUUCUUUCAAGAUGGUCGGAAGAAGGAUGGUAUUAUAGAGGUACCAUACUGCAAUACUUAGAAAAUGGUCACUACGUUGUACAAGACGAAUUUGGUGAUACUGAAGUUAUAAGUAGAAUAGACAUUAUAUCAGAUGAUGAUGAUGAUGAAAGACAACUAAAGACAGGAGAUGCUAUCAUUGGUUUACAUCCAAGCUACAAUAGUAGUUAUGCUCCAGGUGUUAUUCUCGCAGUUGCCGUUGACUACUCAGUACACGUUCGAUUCUAUGACUUGAAAGAGGCUCAUUUACCUCGUGAAGAAGUCUAUUAUAUUAGUAAUGGUGUCUUCGAAAGGGAUGUUGCCUAUAUUCAAGAAAAAGAGGAUCAGUGGAUCAAUCGACCGGUAGUUGCAAGGAAUGAUAAAGAUGGCUACUACCACCUAGGGAGGGUUCACGCCAAAGCAAGCUUAGGUCGACAAUAUUUAAUACAAUGGGCAGAAGAAGGAUUUUCUGUCCAGAGUGCACAUGCAAUAUUUGGCGAACUUUCUAAGAAAUGCAAGUUGAAUGUAGGUGAUUAUGUUUUGGCAAUCGUCGAUCCAGUGGAGAUCAUGUAUUUACCCGGACAAGUAGUGAAACGUAUUGGAAAAGUUUUAGUUGUUGCCUUUUGCAAUGAUGAAAUAAGAGACGAUGUUGAAGAAGAUAAAUGCUUUCCAUUAUCUAGUAAUUACUACGAAGAAGCAGCUGUACAUUUUAAGAGCGUAUCUAAUAAGCAAAAACAUAGCGAGAAAAAAAGUACUCGUUUCGAAGAUAAACAAGCAAAUGAAAUUGUAGAAUCGGGUAGUUCUUCUGAUUCAAGCGAUGAUAAAAGGUAUACCUAUUUUGCUAGGCAAAGUUUUCGCACAUCAGAAAGAGCGAUAAGUAGCCGCGGUGAUGGUUUCAAUACCUAUAUGUUUUAA